GCGCAUCCUCAGGUUCGCCCGCCCGCCCGCCCGCCAUGCUCUCUCCCUCUUCCUCUUCCUCUUCCUCUUCCUCUUCUCUUCGAAUCAACUGUACCAGUAGGGGCGGAGACAUGUUCCCGCCCUUUUCCAUUUCGAUCUAUAGGAGCAAUCCGGACGCUGGAUCCCGUUCGUUUCCUCCUUUGGAUGAAUUGUUAGUCUAGGUAGCAUAGCAAUGCGAUCCGCAGAUGUCAUCAUGUCACGAGUGGCCCCCGUUCCCCGCGGUUCCCUAUCUCGCCUUUCUCCCGCCCGGGACCUCAUCUUUCCCUCACAGCAAUGUCUUCCCACCCACCCUCCUCCACAGAUUCACCAGUGGUGUGAUGUCACUGAUUCUGAUGAUAGGAUUCAUCGUCGUCUCAUCCGUCCGCCCCUUGGGAUGAUCUCUAGCAGAAUGGAACUUGGCGCCACCACUGCCCUCUACCCUCUGCACCGCUGCAAAACCAUUUACCUGGUCAGGCAUGCCCAGGGCAUUCACAAUGUCGCGGGGGAGAAGGACUUCGGCGCGUACAUGUCACAUGAACUGUUCGAUGCUCAGCUCACUCCUUUGGGUUGGAACCAAGUCGAUGGUCUGCGGGAGCAUGUGAAGAAAAGUGGGCUUGCAGAAAAGAUUGAAUUAGUUAUUUCUUCCCCUUUACUGAGGACUAUGCAAACUGCAGUUGGUGUCUUUGGUGGUGAAAAGUAUACUGAUGGUGUAAAUGCACCUCCACUAAUGGUCGAAAAUGCCAGACACAGUGGCCGUCCGGCAGUUUCAAGUUUGAACUGCCCCCCAUUUAUUGCAGUCGAAACCUGCAGAGAGCACUUGGGUGUCCAUCCCUGUGACAAGAGGAGGAGCAUAACAGAAUACCGGCCUCUCUUUCCUGCGAUUGAUUUUUCAUUGAUAGAGAAUGAUGAAGAUGUUCUUUGGGAACCAGAUGUGAGAGAACCAAAUGAGGCUGUCGCAUUGAGGGGUAUGAAGUUCAUGGACUGGUUGUGGACAAGAGAAGAGAAAGAGAUAGCUAUUGUCAGUCACAGUGGUUUCUUGUUUCACACCUUAAGCAUGUACAGCAAGGAGUGCCAUCCAACCAUAAGCGACGAAGUUAGCAAGCACUUUGCAAACUGCGAGCUACGGUCGAUGGUGUUGGUUGACAGAAGCAUGCUUGGGUCAUAUUCCUCAAGAUUCAACUAUGCUGGCAAGAAUCCAACCGGACUAGAUGUGCCAAGUGAUAUUGCAGAUAAGAAGCAGGUUGACGAAGCUCAGAAGAACUAAAGCAACCUCGAAAGCAUACCAUAUAUGACUUGGAUUAUCAAGAAAUUCUGACCUUUGCGAAGCUUGUUUGCUUUGAAGAGGACAAGCUAAGAGGGCAUCUACAGAUAGAGUUUACGCAUACCAUUUUGUUAGUCGAGUUGAACUACGCAGCAAUGUAUUAGCAUGUCUGCUCUUUUGUCUCAGCCUACAUUGAGGUUCAGGGCAUUGGACUAGGAUCAUCUAUUUAUGAUAAUAAUAACCGGAUCACCUACAUUCACCAGGUGAUGCAUGGCAAAGUUCUCUUGGUUUCCGAGCUGUUCUAGUCUAGGGGUGGCUGUACAACGUCCACGGCUCCACGCAAUUCCGUCUCAUGGAUGGUGAUAAAACCAAUCGAUGUAUGGUUUUGGUUUCUGCAGAUUACAUUUGAUGGUUGGGUUCGCUGUAUUAUGGCUUGCGUAUUUUUAUUAUUUUUGUCAA